AUGCGUGGUCGAGACCCCAAGGUCGAUAUCUCGAGUUUUGGCCCGUGCCCUUCACGAUUGCAGAUUCUAGAAGUUGCAGCGAGCAAAGGGAUCACCGAGCAGACGCAGCCAUUGACCCAAGCUGAACUGUAUGAGCGACGCACCAGCUUCCCACGAUUUUGGACUAAGCCAAAUGUCCCAGGUCAGCGGCUAAGGAUGAACAAAGGCAUCACAGCUUUAGAAGUAGCUGCUAGCCUGGGCUUUGAGGAUCUCUUCGCGCUGGUUCGCGAAGCGGGGGCAGAUGAGUCUGCCUGGAUCAGCGUUUCCGGCCAAGCCAAUUUCGAUGAUACUAAGCCAUCGUCACUAAGCGUCACAUCUCCUGUCCAUGAAGCCAUUGAAAAUGGCCAACACGCUAUGCUUGAACGGCUACUCAAUACGUAUCACUAUUCUCCCAAUUAUCGGGCAAUGGUAGCUCCCACAGUUGCUUUGCCGCCGCUUUCUUUUGCAUUGGGUCGAUGCGAUCCAAAUGAUCCCAACAUCAGGGCCUGUAUCAAACAUCUUCUUAGGCAUCCGGAUAUCGAUUUAAACCUCCGCACCCCUAUCUUCGAAAUUCAUCCACUUCAUUUGACAGUUGCUCGCCAUGACCCUGAACUGCUAUCUUUCCUUCCUAUGCCGCUUUCCAGCGCAGGCACGACGGCUUUGGGUCAUACAUUGCUUCACAUCUCCUCACUCCCACUCACCUCAAUGUCUAUGAACCGAGAAAUCCCUGGUGCUGUGCGAAGUGUUCACUGCACCCGUACCCUAGACUCUAAGUGGCUUCUGCAUUCACAACCCAGUCCGCUGCACUUGGAAACAACAGAGCAAGUGCCACACCGUUCUAUCAACCCACCGACACCGAUGACACCUGCUGAGCAGGAUGCACAACUCAGCACUCUUCGCGUGCUUGCUGAUGCGGAGAUCGAUGUACGCGCCCAGGAUGUGGAUGGAAACACUGCACUGCACUAUCUUGCUACUGCCUUGGAUGGCGAUUAUAGAGCCAUGCAACUGCUACGAGAGAUGGAGGGGGGCGAAGAGAUUUACAAUAACUGUAAGAAUCGGGAGGACCUGACGCCCCGUGGGAAGCUUGCAACGAAGCGUGAUACGGGCAGUUCAUGCUCGGGUUCUCGUUACAGAGUAAGCCAUGGCCAAGGAUUAGGUCGUACUCCGAAUUAA